ACGUUUAUACGUUGCGGUAAUCCCGUGUGCGUGCGGCCGACUGAACCUGAAGUCAGUGGUACAUUUUACCCUUGUAGCCUCUGAAAAACGGCACUAUUUAAACACAUAUUCUGCUUUGCAACAAAGUAGGACGUGUGGGGAUGAUAUCAUGGUGGACUGACAUCUUGUGAAGACCAGAGGCGGUGUGCACAAUGCGCCUUUGAGAGCUAGUUUUGUUAUAGAUGUUGUUGCACCGGUGCUGCUGGAUGAACACCGAGCAGACUCUGCUUCACAGGCCGCCUAACUAAACCCUCACAACCGGGUUUAGUUACAGCCAGCCUUCCCCCCAAAACUGCCUCACACAUUCCUGCUGAGAGAGACCCAAUCCGGCUUCACGGUGGAAACCAGAAGAAGAGCAAAGAUGAACGCUGUGCGGGGGGGCACAGCGACCUGGCGCCCCCAGCCGUGGCAGGACGGGGACGGGGGGGGAGGAGAGCCUCUGUCCGACAGUGACUCGGAGGAGGAGGACUUCCCCGACGACAGCACCACGCCGCUGGGAGACUACAUCACACACGGAUUGAAGCAGCUCCUGGAUGCUCAGCAGCUGUGUGAUGUUACUCUUCUUGUGGAGGGAAAGCAGUUCAUGUGCCACAGAGUCCUGUUGGCAGCGGUGAGUCCGUAUUUCCGGGCGAUGUUCACCAGCCCUCUGGUGGAGUCCCGCCUCACUGAGAUCCGACUGGAGGAGGUCACGCCGUCCGUCAUGGAGACGGUGAUCCAGUUUGUUUACACCGGUGAGGCGGGGCUCUCUCUGGACACGGCGGAGGAUCUGUUUGUGGCCGCCAACCGGCUGCAGGUCAUGCCCCUUCAGGACCUGUGCUCCAGGUUCCUGUUUGAGCACCUCUCGGUGGAUAACUGCCUGGGGAUGUACUCUUUGGCUCGCUCUCACCACGACCAGCUGCUGCUCCGCGCCACGCUGCGUCUCGUGGCUCAGCACUUCCCCCGAGUCGCCCGUCAGAAGGACUUCCUGCUGCUGGACCACGGCACGCUGGGCAGCCUGCUGAGCUCCGACCGGCUGGGCGUGGACUCGGAGGCGGAGGUUUACGACGCGGCGCGGCGCUGGGCGGAGCACCAGCCUUUAGAUCGCUACGCCCACAUGCCGGCGCUGCUGCGCCACCUCCGUCCGGGGCUGCUGUCCCAGGAGGAGAGCCGGAGACUCUGCCAGGAGCUCGGCCCCGCUGCCGGCGAGGCCCUCGGGGGGCCGCUGAGGCCGCGGGAGGGCAUGUUCGAGAAGAAGAUCGUCUGCGUGGACUUGACGCCUCGGGAGGACGAGAGCGCCGCCUCCAGAGACCUCACCGUGGACUGCUUCGACCCGCGGACAGGGAAGUGGGAGAAGCUGGCGGCCCUCGGGUCCCUGGUGAGCCCCGGCUGCACCGCUGUGGGGGACCGGCUUUUCGUGGCGGGGGGGAUCCUGAGGACGGGCUCCGUGUCUGCAGCCGUGCACGAGUACGACGCUGUGCUGGACCGCUGGAUGGAGCGGCCCCCCAUGGUGCAGCCGCGGGCCAUGCUGGGCCUGGUGGGCUGCGGGGACUCCAUCUUUGCGUUGGGUGGCAGUAACCGCUCUGCCCUACUGGACUCCAGUGAGACCCUGGACCUCUCGACGCUGCGCUGGGCCCCGGGGCCUCGCCUGCCGCUGCCUCUCAGAGCCUUCGCCUGCGCUGCUCUACGUGGACGUCUCUACCUGCUGGGUGGAACCACGCUGGAACAAAACCGGGCUGUGGUGCAUUCAGGGGUCCUCGUCUAUCACACCCUCACAGACUGCUGGACUCGCGUGGCUCUGGACUCGGGGGCCACCUGCCUCGCCGGGGGGGUCGCGGUCCGAGGGGGCGUCUGCGCCAUCGGGGGAUACAUGAGGGACACCACCAAGUUUCUGGACGGAAACUAUACUAACCUGGAGACUUUAGACGCCACGGGGCGGGUUCUGUUCUUCAGGGAAGGGCGAGGGUCCGGGGCAGAUAGGGAGGUAACCGGGGGGGGGGUGAUGGUGAGCGCCGAACAGCGGGGGGGGGCAGGAGGAGGGAGCGACCGUGCCCCGAGUCCGGUAGUUUUCCCCGGGUUGCCGCGAAGGAUAGCGGCGGGGGGUGUGGCCCGGUGGAAACGCAGGAUUUACGUCCUGGGGGGCGAGAACGGGUCGCGGUUCUACGACAGUGUUUACUGCUGGAAGCCCGGCUGGCGCAGCUGGGUCCAGAGACGAGAGAAACUCCCCGGAGACACAGGGGGGGUGAGCCAAUUCGGGUGCACCACCUUAAAAUUCCCCAAGAAACACAUCCUGUCCAGACUGAGACUAGCCAAAGAAAACUGCAAGAAGCCCGCCGACUAGCUCCACAGGGACCAACUGAAGACGAAGCAGCUGAUCAUGUGACACACAGACCAGGAAGUAGCUCCUCCUUAACCUCAUAACAUUUUGAGGUUGAGUCACUAGUAAGAGGCCAUUUUAUACAGAGUGCAGCACACGGUAGUCUUUAUUGACAAGAUACAGGCAGAUCUUGUGUUUUAAAUCAGAUGUCAGGCAGAGGGCAAGUGUAGCUAGAACAGACAGUCAGGCAAUAUGCACCUGAAUGUAACCUUAUCCACAAAUAGUAAAGUCCUUUCAGAAAGGAAAGGGCCUUUUUUGAAAUGUUAUUCUUGAAGUGCAAUGUUAUUUUCAGCAUUUUGCUUAACCACACAACAUCUCAAUGCUAUGAAGUUUCAGCUGCGUUAACACUAGGGCUGCACGAUUUUGGGAAAAAAUCCCUAGUUGACACAGGACACAUCGGCACAUUUCUGACCAUGCUAUGUUUCACUGUAUUGUUCUAUUGCUUUUUUCUUUAAUAUGGGCCUUUUGAAACUGCAUUAAGGGCUCUACGAAUGCCCUUUAUUUGAGUGGGAACCUAUCAAAGAUACUUUUCAUAAACAAUUUGCAUAUAGACAGUUUUGACUUGUUCACUCAUUUUAUUUUAAUUACAUAAUAGAAACACACAAGGUGUGGUAUUUCAUUACCACAAACAAGGCAGCCAUACAGAAUAUACGUGACAAAUCGACAUUUUAAAACAAACAAACAGUAUUCGUAUGUAUUACUACAUUCAUAACGGGUUAAUCCAGACACUCAAAACCCUAAAUAUGGCAACCCAUGUGUUAAUCACACAUCAGAUAAAGUCUUCUUACUCGGUACAGACUGUCCUCAUGUUCAGUGAGGAGAAACCUCUGCAGAUAAGGCAUCAUGAUAUGAAGAUUAAAGAUAGCCACAACCAUUUUAAAGGUUAACAUAUAUGACAAAGUGUGUUUUAUAUAUAGAGCAUGGGACAGUGUCCGAGGGUACAUGUGUUAGAGUCCUUGUGUCUAAACUAACUUUCCUAGAGCUCCAGGUGAACAGCUGUGUUUCUGCAGCUGUGUUUCUGCAGCUGUGUCAAAACAAUUUUAUUUCCAUUGCUCCAACCACAGAGCGUGUGAAUGUGUUAGGCAUGGAGUAUUAUGCAUUAUUUGAACACUUUAGCAUUGCACCUAAUUUAUUCAGAUGUAUCUCUAAGGUUUUAUUGUGAAAUGUCAUGUUGCUCUGACUGCAGGGCGGAGAGAUAAGCUCAGACAGGAGCAGAUGUGUUAAAGGUCCCGUGUCAUGGCCAUUUCUACUGAUCAUAAUUCCAUUGUUGAGGUCUACUAGAAUAUAUUUAAAUUGUUCAAUGUUCCAAAAUCACAUUGGUUUCUCACAGCAUCUCUGUAUAGUAUGUGUAUUCACUCUCUGUCCUAAACGGCUUGUUGGAGCUCCUGCCCCCCCCCUCCCUAUGAGCCCAGUGUGCUCUGAUGUGUGGUUAUGUUUUACAAUGGCGUUUGUUAGCAACCAGAAAAUGACACCAGAAAAUGACAAACAGAUGAGAAUGCUGCGUGGAUUCUGGGUUGGUGGCACGUUGCGGGGCUCGAAGAGCGGACAGUGUGAGUUGUGUUACUGGUGUCGUUUCCUGGUUGCUGCGUGGGGUCUGCGAGACUCGAGAUACGGCGAAACUCAGCCUGAGCACACACACGUGAGUGUGCCGGCGAAACUCCGCGGAGUAUCGCGACUGAGAAAAUAUACGGCUGAGUGUGUGUGUGUGAGGAGCUCCACGGAUUGGUCCAUUUGGAUCGUCGGUACGUCACUUGGUUCUCGGAAAAAGAAGAAAAAUCUCCAACGAGGCGUUCUGGGGCAGCACAGACAGGUAUUUUCUGUGUCAGAGUUUUACUCGCUACAGGGUGUACUUUGAGGGUUUGUGACUCUGCAGACCGUUUACAUGCAGAAAACGCUACAUAACACACAAGGGGACGGGUGAUAACCGGAAAAGCAUGACAUGGGACCUUUUUAAAGAUCUGUGUUUAAAAUGCUUGGGAAUUAUCUUUAGUUAAUUCACUCAUCUUGCUGAGUUGACCUCACCAUCUUAACAAUACAUUCUUCUCAUAACUGCAGGCCAGAUACUGGGUUUAAAACUUUGGAUAGUUGGCUAACUGAUUCAGUUUGAAUACUUUUUUUUAGGAAGGAAACAGGAAGUGCGUCUUUAAGAGAUGUAGGAUUUUCUCUUUCAACAUCGAGAUAAGACAAACUUUCACUCUACUUCUGCAGAGUUGAUUUAUUUAAGUUUUACGAAAUUCACUCUGAGUCGCUGCUUAAGUAUUUCAACUCAGAAAUAAGCACUAAUUUGGUGAGAAAUAGAAGAUUUCACAUGUUAACCUGAUCCACAUUCAUGUUUCUCCCUCAAAAGACUCAAAUCAGACUGGGUUGUCUCGUAAAUCUGCUUUUCGCUUUCACUGCUAGAAUCAAAAUGCUAGUACUUUCAUAAUUUUCCAGCUAUUAGAAAGUAUUGCAAUGACUGUCUUGACACAGUGGUGGAACUUCCCUGUAUUUUCCAGCUAGCAGCAGAUGGUUAACGCUACAGUGAUACAGUCAUGAACUCCCCAGCUAUCACUAAACACUUAUAGUACAACAUCUGUCACUUUUUGCUUUUCCAAUAACAUGUUCUGAAUCAUGUCAAAUUAACCAUUUGUCUUCCUUGGUGUGACAUGUGAAAGGUGUUUGUGUGUGUGCGUGCGCAUGUUUUCUAUUGAGGCGUAAAUCUGUUUUUUGCACACAUCCAAACCUGUGCAGCUGCCCUCGUUUUAUGCAAUCGGAUCAAGUUUGUGAACUGAAAGGCAAAUGGAUGUUUUAAUGAAGAGCCCUGCUGUCUAAUGAUUAAACGACUGUUUGAUACAU